GUCAAACUCUCGCACAAGCAACACGCACUUUCACCGGUGACAAUUAGCUACCUCGUGGAAGAUAUAGAUAGUGUUUAGUGAUUCAGUGAUUGCUCUUUGGAACGAGACAAGCAAAAUGCAGCAGAAGGUUACAGGAUGGGUCUUUUUGGCCCUUAUCAGUUCAUCAGCAAUUCUUCACACGCUAGCAUACCCGCAGCAUGCACCUCUCAUCUCACAGUCUACAAGUAAUGUGCGAACACAAAAUCCACAAUACUACAGUAAUUCCUUACCGCUACCACAACGAGAGCAAAUAGCUCAAGAGCGUAAAUUUGCUGAAAAAUCUAACGCGCUGAAGAAGGUGGCACUUGACGACAUAGACGACAUUCAGACCAAUUCAUUAUCCGAAAACGGGUUUUCGUGGACAAAUAUAUUAAGUUCGUUAAUGCAAAUGAUUUUCAACCCUGGAAGUACAGGUCCCAACAAGAGCGACAGCUUGGAAACCGAAUCAGUAUCGUCAUCUCCAUGGGCCAAUUUAAUAUCUAUGGGUUUUAAAAUUUUAACCGUCAUUCUGACCGGAGGAAAUAACGAAAGUAUCGACAAAGGUGACAACAAUUCUCCACUGCAGAGUAUAUUGGCUGUGGUUCUGUCGACGAUGCUCGGUGCAAAAGAUCCCGAUCAAGUCGCCUCCAUGGCAAAGCAGGCUGGAGAGUUUAUCAACGUAGUCGUGAAUCUUCUGGAGACCCUCAAGACAUCCUUCUCUCAUCGAUCAUUAGCAGCUAGAGCAAUAGGCCGUAAAGACUCUGUUAGUGACGCCGCCAUUGCCGGCAUUGCCAUGUUAAAGACUUACGUAAGAGCCUUCGGAACGAAUGAUGAUAAAUGUCUCCAAAAAUAUGUAUGCGAUGCUAAUAGCGAGUGUUCCGCUGACAUUGGACCGAAGAGUGUAUUUUGCCAACUUGGAACGUACGCCGCGAGUUUUGUUCUUGAAAGACAAUCUGCUGGAACAUUUGAACAGUUUUAUGAGGCAGGAAGACGUGGACGUUCUGGAAUCGAUUGUCGUCAACUUUACCUUGAAUGUAACGAAGUUUAAUAUGUUGUCAAAUAUCAAAUAUAUUUUUACAUGAUAAAGCGCCAAAAACAAACAAAAAUUGGCAAAAAAAAAUCAUGGAAAUUUGUUUAUGUAAAAAGCCGGUAGUAAAAAUAGGAUUUGCUUUUAGGAGGCUGUUUUAUGGAAACAUAACUAAGACUUGCUUAUUUUGUAAAUUAUGUAAAAUUUCAGAUUUUGCUUUUUAUAAAAAUUGGUAAGUUGUGUUGUCCAUCCCAUCGCACAGUUUAAACGCGUAAAGUAAGGUUUUAUUUAAUUAAAUUAUAUUAUUUAUUUAACUUAUUAUAGAAGGUAAUGCUUAAACCCUUUAAACGAACCGCAAAUGUGUAGUGCUCUCGUAUAAUCAAAUUUAAACAGAUAACAGACAGACAGAUAGACUUGAGCUUUGUGAAAAAAUGGCAAUGAAUUCGUUUUUUAAUUCCGCCAAUUAUGUGUAAUUAAUGACUGAUGUAUUGAGUGAUAUAAAUUAAUUAAUAUCACCGGAUAGUUGAUAUUUGUGUAUAUUUUUGUGUUCGCGUGAUUGAGGACGU